AAACACCCCCUACUACCACCACCACAACCACCACAACCACCACCACCACCACCACCACCACCACAACCACCACCCCCACAACCACCACCCCCACAACCACCACUACUACAACCACCAUCCCCACAUUAG